GAUCGGUGGUUUUCGUAUAAAUAUUGGACCUUUCGGUGAUGCAAACGUCAGACACAACUUAGUGGUCGAAGUCAAAGAACUAAAUUCAAAAUGCGUGCCUUCAUUGUUUUGUGCUUGGUGGCAGUCGCCUGCGCCGAUAAGCUCGGCUACAACUACCAGCCCGUGGGCCACUCCAGCUCCGGCCUGUCCUUCGCCCCGGGAAGCGGCAGCAUCGGAGGUGGCUCCAUCGGUGGUGGCUCCAUUGGUGGUGGCUCCAUCGGAGGUGGUUCCCUCGGUGGCUCCCUGGGAGGAGGAUCUCUGGGUGGCUCCCUCGGCGGAGGCUCCAUCGGAGGCAGCAUCAGCGGAGGUGCCGGUCUGGGUGGUCUGAGCAGCAUCGGAGGUGGCAGCAUCGGCGGUGGCGAAUCUCUGAGCGCCCCCGUCUCCUACAGCGCCCCUGCCCCCGCCGCCGAGCUGGAGAAGGAGUUCUUCACCUUCACCGCCAACGAGCAGGACUUCGAUGAGCCCCAGCAGCUGGAGCGUGUGUCCUCUGCCCUGAACAAGGCCCUGCGCGUCGUCUUCAUCAAGGGACCCGAGAACCGUGGCCUGGAGAACGCCGCCCUGGCUCUGGCCAAGCAGGCUGCCCAGCAGGAGACCGCCAUCUAUGUCCUCAACAAACAGGCCGACAUCGGUGAUCUGGCCAACAAGCUGAACGCCAUCCGCAGCAACAACAACAACAAGCCCGAGGUUCACUUCGUCAAGUACCGCACUCAGGAGGAUGCCGCCAACGCCCAGCGCGCCAUCCAGUCGCAGUACGAUCAGCUGGGAGGAUCCUCUCAGGCCCACAACGGUGGUGUUGCCCCCGUCCUGAACUUCGCUUCCGCCGGACCAGUGCGUCAGGCCACCGCCCAGAGCCCCGACAACUCCUACCUGCCCUCGUCGGUCUUCCGUCGCGUCUAAGUCGCUCGUUUCACUUCUCACAGAACAGAAAACGCAAGCGUUCUUUGACUGAUUUUAAACCCUAGUUAUUGUUGACUAAUGCUUAAAUAAAUUCAACUCUUAAAUUUAAAA